AUGUAUCUACAUGUUGUACUACCCAUGUCGCCAAAUAGGAAAACCAGCGAAGAGACGGCAGCAAGCGAAAUGCGAUCUGUCAAAGAGGAGGAUCUAUGCUCCGAAUCGGGAGAAAUGUCCAAUCAUAAUAUUUCUUCUCGUCGAGAAAGCACAGAGCAUGAUCCUAAGGAGAAGCAAGAAAUGUUUGGUUUGGGAGGUUAUACGAGAGAGAUUCGCUUAUCGUCCAGUCAGCAGUAUAUCGCAGAUAACUUACGUUCGAAACCUCGGCUAGGAUUGGUUGAUGAUGGGGAAAUGAGAACAACAGAGGAAAUUUGGGAACGUUUAAGGAACAUUGUUCACCCAAACAAGUACUGGGUAGUUGUUUAUGUCAUCGAUCCAUACGAAAUGUGUCUUUACAUAAUUGGUACUGGAGCUCUAUCGACAUCAAGUGACCUGCCGUUUGAUUAUCCUCCAGGCUGCUCGACUACUGAAUAUUGUGCAAGAUUGACAUUCCCUGCUGAUACCACCAGCUUCGCGGAACAGUCCUCUCUUUCGCUUGAAGCAUCUCUUUGCGGUCUGGGUGAUUUUCACAAAAGUAGGACACAUGAAACUAGCGCGGAUUCCCUUGAUGAUUUGCGUCGUGAGGCCCUCCGAGCCGAAAUUGACUGCGCGCGAGUGCGAAUGGAAGCGGCUAGCGAAGAGAAGAAGUAUUGGGAGGAGAAGAGAAGUUUAUUAGCUUUGGAGCGACGUAUGACGUUGGAGAGACAUCAGUCGAAAGCAGAUGAGGAGCACUGUCGUGAUCGUUUGGCUUCUGCUGCGGAAGAGCGCAUGUAUUGGGAAGAAAGAAGACGUAUAUUGGCACUAAAGAAGCAGUGCAUGCUUGAACAAAUGGAGUGA